CAAUAUUAUUGUAAUUUCUGACUGCAAUGUUACAGUUACAUGUUUUUUUUUUUUUUUUUUUUUUUUUGUCUUUCCUGAAUUGGUUAUGCUUGUUAACAUCAGACAUUAUAACUGAUGGAUGGACAAUAUAUAAGAACAAAAAACUUAUGUAUUGGCUGCUAUUCUUUUCAAGUUCAAUGUAAUCAAUGACAGAGUGACAUUGGCACUUUUACUCAGUUUAGCUCUUUCAAAACUAUCAUUAGCACUUCUUUUAACUAUACUUUUAGUUCCAGUUUCUUAUCCUUCAAUAUUAAUAAUCUGCCUUUUUUUUCUUUUCAUUUUUCUAUACAUGUAAGACAAUGAAAAUUCAUGUAAAUGUAUGGUGUAAUAUAAUAGCACAAAAUGAGGCCAAAAGAUUGACAUUUGAAUAUAUGGGUCAAUUUUUCCUGAAGAACAUCCAGUUUUAAGUGGAGAACAAAAGUGCAGGCAAAGAUUGGUUUCGUCAUUUUCUUAGAAAACACAUUAUGGAGAACUGCAAGAGAAAAAAAGAUUUAGAAAUGUUACUCAAGUCGCAACGGACAUAUAUAAAUGGUACUAACUUAAAAGACUCAAAAUAUUACUUGGCAUUAACGACUGGUGAUUUUAACCCUAGAGAACUGAGACCUUGUACUUCCAAAAAUUAUCAUGUUGGUGGAGUGACUCCUGUUCUAUAUCCGGGUAAUAACUGCAACUGUAAACAUACCAAGCUAACAGAAGAGAAAGUAGAACAGAAGAAUCUUAAUAAACUCGAAUUUAAAUCUCUGCCCCAAGCUUUAAACUUUUCUAGAGAUGCUAAAACAAAAUACUUAAAUAAACCAUCUAUACUGGAGAGAAUUGAAAAAAAUGAACUUAAUUUGAAAAAGAAACUUAGAGCAGAUUUCAGAAUUUGUCACUGUAAAAGUGUUUUGCCAAAAUUCGUUAUAGAUAAAGUAAAGACACAAAAAAGAGAAAAUACUUACCUUCUUCCAGAUUUGAAAAGAGACUUAGAAAUGAAAGACAUUAAGAAAGCAAUCUUCAAUAAACCUUCAAACAAAUUGACUGCUCAGUUUUAUAAUGAUAGUGAGAUACGAUUAGUAGCAAAUAACUUUUAUAAGUGGAUGGAAUCCCUUGGUGAAGGUGAACCAUAUAUAACAGUCAGUUCAUUAUAUAGCCUUUUGUUGAACAGUUUUGAGAUAAAACCCUCAUUGGCUAUAAAUCUACAAAUAAUUGAUGAAAAGGAACUGGACGUUGGCCAACGUAGAUAUUCUACCGGAUUAGAGACUUUUACCUUUGGCAAUGAAAAUCCUUCCUACCUCGAAUAUUUUAACAAUAAUAUAAGUAAGAAAGAGUUGUUAAGAUUUGAGAAACUAUUCUCCAAUGAUGAUAAUUAUGAUGAUGAUAAUUUUAACAAAAAUGUUAAUAAAUAAAA